AUGUAUGAUUUGCUUAAUCUCCUCCUCCUCAAGUAUCGAAAGAAGGAGCCGAUCACAAAGGAACAAAUGCUGAAUGGUGUCCUCAAAAAUUACGAGGACCAAUUCCCUGCCAUCUUCAGCAAAGUCUCUAAAUACAUGGAGAUUGUCUAUGGCAUUGCAGUGAAGGAAGUGGACCCUGCCAGCCACUCCUACAUCCUCAGCACCUCCCUGGGCCUCACCUACGAUGGGAUGCAGAGCGAUGACCAGAGCGUGCCCAAGACUGGCCUCCUGAUUAUCACCCUGGGCUUGGUCUUCAUGGAGGGCGACGGCACCUCUGAGAAGAGCAUGUGGUAUGUGCUGGGUGUGCUGGGGUUGUGUCCUGGGAGGGAGCACCCCAUCUAUGGAGAGCCCAGGAAGCUCAUCACCGAAGACUGGGUGCAGGAAAACUACCUGGAGUAUCGGCAGGUGCCCAACAGUGAUCCUGCGUGCUAUCGGUUCCUGUGGGGCCCACGUGCCCACCCUGACACCAGCAAGAUGGAAGUUCUGGAGCAUUUGGCCCAGUUCAAUAUUACUUUCCCCAGUUUAUUCCCACACUUGUAUCAGAUGGCUUUGAGAGGUGAGGAAGAUAGCACCCAGGCCGGAAUUGCCACCACAAAUGGCACUUCUGCCACGGCCAGUACCACUUCUAGUGGCACACCUUGA